CGAGCGCUUCUAGACGGCCAACUCCUUCAACACACCACCUACCAUGUCUGUGAAAGAGCUCCUUGUCACUGACGACCUGACUGUCCUUCUUGGACUCGUCUCUGUCACCGUCUUUCUUCUCCAAAACCUCUAUAAGCCCCAACCUCUGGUUCACCCUAUCUUGCUCGGUCGCCAAAGUGAGGCGGGCAAGGUACGCAACCCGGGAGAGAGUACGGUGUAUAGGAACUAUGGCACUGGUCUGCUAGGCAGGUUCCCUGUCCGGCCUGACGCCAACGCCAAUUUGGUGACCGAUCUAUUGAAACUGGACAGUUCUGCCCCUCGCACUCUUUGGAAUACAAAGGUCACGAAUGCUAUUGUCAAAGACCGUGUAGAUGCGUUUGGCACUGGGCUCAUCCGAGCUGCUGGUUUGGUGCCGAAGGAAUCUAAUGUUUUAAUCCUCCUCAAUGACGGUUUGGAGUUCCUUGUCGCUGACCUUGCGCUCGCCAAACACUCCAUUGCUUCAUUUACGCUCAGCUCUCCCAAGUUGCUAUCACAAGUGCUCGAGUCUCACCCUCCGUCUGCCAUCAUCACGGAUUCUUCCUUCCUUCCUCACGUUCUGGAGCUUAUAUAUGACUCGAACGAGCACCAACACCAUACCGUCAUCGUCACUGGAGAGCUGACUAGUGCUGUCGCCAAGUCAGCACGAUCUGCCAGAAUCAUUGCGUGGACCGAGGUCGAAGCGGCUGGCUCAAAAGACAAGGUGGACACUGCUCCUCCAGCUCCUAGCGACGUGUUCACAGUGUCAUUCUCUGAGACUGCCUCGGGCUCACUCGAGGGCAUCCAAUUUACUCACGAGAAUUUCACCGCAGCUGUAGCCGCUGUCCGUACCCUCUUCCCUCCUUCCAACAGUCUGUCCCCGUUGGAUACUAUUUGCUCGGCGCAUUCCCUCAGCACUCCUUUCGGGCGCUCAAUCGCCUACACCGCCCUAUACGAGAGCACAAGUUUCGCGACGUUAAGCUCUACCAAGCUCUUCCAGAUAGAAGGUGCGCCAAAGCUCGAUGUUGCUGACAUCAUGUCUGCCACCAAGUUACCUAUUCCUUCCCCUACUAUCGCAUUCUUGAAGCCAGAGCACGUGAAGGCGCUUUCUUCCGACAUCUCGGCGCAGGCUAAAAAGUCUUCCUUCUUAUACUCCGUCGGAUGGCGGCACAAGCUUUCGGGCCUGACAGAAGGCUUUUUGACGAAAGACAGCCUUUGGGAUCGCGCAGUCUUUGAUGGUGCCCGGGAAAAAGUUGCGGGUGACUUUGGUCGAACUAUUCGUCAGGUCAUCGUCAGCGGUGGUCCUGUCCCUACUUCUGAUUUGACGCCAACGCGCAUCGCGCUCUCUGUCCCGAUCGUCAACGCUCAUGUGCACCCUGUUAGUGCAGGGCCCGUCUUUUCCACUCAACCCCUUGAUUUGCAAAUGCUGCCCGCGGGAUCAUCAAGCGAUCCCUUCUCUGGCAUAGCUCAUGUUGGGGCGCCAAGCGUUAAUGUGCAAGUGAAGCUUGUUGGUGUGGACGAUGCCGAGAUCGAAGCUGGCGGUGAUCCCACUGGUGAUAUCCAUGUUGGAGGACCUCCAGUUGGUAUACCCUUGGGUCUCGGCAGUGAAGAUAGCGAGACUGCAUGGCGAAAGACGGGAGAACGGGGGCGUGUUCUGACAAAUGGAGCAUUCAAAGUCCUUGGCUAGCUGUAAAGUAGAAUCUAUGUUACUGUUCCCUUACUUGCUGGAAGUUAGACCCUGAUAUUCGUGCGAAGUUUGCAGGCUAUGUUACCCAGCUUUUGCUUACAGUAUCAGUCACUGUAGUUAUGAAACCAUUUUCUUACCGUUCACUACGAUUCCAGUAGCUAGCUCUGAUGGAGAUUGUCUCGCGUUCGGACCUAAUAACACUUGUUACCUCC